UAAUACGCACAUUUAAUCGUAAAAUGCAAUUUCAAAGACUAGAAAGUUUAGAAAAUCAACAAAACGGCUAAAAUGCAAGAGCUCAAGCAACGUUUUGAGCGUCGCCAGAUAGUGGAUGGAUUGAAGCAGAAACAGGUAAUACAGGACUGUCUGCUGCAGAGGAUACUCUACUCGAAGCGCCUGCUAGUCGACCACGUCGAGGCGCUCGAGCAAUGCAUGCAGGAUCUGCAAUCCUCGGCGGCGGCCAACCGGCCCGGCUGGCAGCUGCUGAGUGCGCGGAAUGUCUGCCUGCUGCUGGGCGGCACACUGCUGGAGCACUUUGUGACGCCGCGAAGGCUGCGACUGACCAUGCUGCCCGCUAUCCUGGUCACGGGCACCUUUACGGCCCUGUAUGCCGUCAAGAGCGUCUUUGUGUGCCGCAACAAGAUGGUGGAGCGCAAGCUGGAGCAGCUCGUGCGCACCAUCGAUGAGUUUGGCAAUUGCAUCAGGCGCAACAUGACGUACUUUCAGGAGAUUAUCAUCAUGAAGCAGGCGGAACUAAUUGAAUCGCGACAGAUCGAGCGUGCCUGGGAUUGCAUAACGGCGGCCAAAGAGGUGACGGAAAUACUCUACGAUGCGACGCGCAAGCUGGAGACGGACUACCCCCUGCCCGCCAGAUACGGCUCAUACUAUGCACCCAUGGAGGAGCUGCGCGAGUGCGAGUACUUUAAGAACAAUGUGACGGACUACAGUCCGAAGCACAUAAAGGACUUCCACAACAUCUUUGCCUAUGUGCAGUCGCAGUAUCUGCUCCGCCUGGCGCUGACCAUCACGACGCGGCCGUCGAUCUCCCAGCUCAGCGAGGAGCUGGUGAAAAUCGAUUGCCUGAUGCGGCAGUUGGUGCAGGAGGAGGAGCAGCACUUCAGCAACCUGGCCGUUGCCAUGCAGAACCGCAAACAACUGGAGCUGGCGGAGCUGCAUGCGGCCAAGACAGAGCAGCAGCGAAGCGGCCCAAUUGCAGUGCUGCAGCACUCCUCGCUGAAGCUGAGCGCGUGCAUGGUGGCCGUGGCCGGCGAGUGCCAGGCCCUAGAUAUUACGCUGCAACAGCUGACGGCCACGGAGGCGGCACACAAGAAUAAUGCCAAAGCCCUUGUGGCCGUGGCCAGCAACAUGCACGGCAUCGAGAACAGCCUGGCCGCCUGCUGUGAUGAUUUCCAGCGCCUCAUGCUGGUCUACAACAAGUUUCUGCACAGCAAGCUGGACGAGGAGGCAGACCCGCCCACGGCAGUUAGCGCUACGAAGCAGGACGAUGAAUUUCCCGACAGUAUUUUGCGCGUUGAGUUCUCGCAGAACGAGGGCGAGACACAGCAGAAGGACGACUUCUAUGCCUACAUGUACGACGAGAACGAGGCGCAGCAGUACGAGGACGAACAGCAGGCGCCCCACCCCACGCCCGAGAAGGAGCUGCUCAACUUUGAGAAGCGCAUUACGAAGGGCAAGUUCAAGCCGGUGUUGAAGCAGCUCAAGGAUCGCAUCGAUCCCAUACGCCAGGUCAUGUUGGAGAAGGAGCGCCAGGUUCUCACCACCAAGGGCAUCAACGUGGACGAGCUCUUUGGAAUAAUCAUGCAAGGGGAACAACCUCAGCCUCAGCAGCAGGAGCGGGAGCAGCAGCAACAGCAACAGCAAGCGGACAAUCGACUGACCGAUGUAACUCCCGCAGAGCGCAGCAACUGUGAUGAUGGCACCGCCUCCGGCUCCGAGUCGGACUCUGCCGACGAACGCGACCUCAGGCAACGCAGCAAGCAGCACAAGGAGCGUGACAACUUUGCCGAGAUGCGUCAGUUUCUGGCCCAGAAGCAGGCCAUCAAUCUGUUCAAGCUGGAUGCCAGCCAGCUGCCCCGUCCCCCCGUCGCUGUCGAGGAGGACUUGCUGGAGAGCGAGUGCUAGAAAAUGCGUUUGUAUAGACCCCAUUACUGGCAACCUCGCCCACUCCCCCCACAAUCUCCGACGCAUUAGACACUAUUUGUAUAAGCUUUUAUCUAACCAAUUUGUGAGAUAAGCCGCGUGCCGAGCGUCUCCACCCCUCCUCCAUGCUGCCGUUCAGUUGGUUCCUCUGUUUCCCCAUUAAGCCCUUUACUUAUGUAGAUCCCCAUUGCUGUAAAAACGAAAGCGCGGCAAUAAUAAACAUUUGUAAGUAGAUAAAAGUUGCGUGUACUGUUGAAAUUGUUGUAGGAGUAGCAUAUACAAAUUAUUACUGCACUCUGUCCAUCCUCUUUCCACCUAAGGUCCAAUAUUCUCGCUGUUUCCUCGCUCACUCCGCCAAAGGGCGCACAUCGGACGAGAGAGAGCCACGGGAUGAGCCUUUCUUUCAGCUGUAAGGGUAUUACUGAACUUAUACUCCUUUAAUACCGGAUAGG